AUGGGUUAUUCAAAAAGAAAUGUUGUUGGUUAUUAUUCAAAUUCAUUAAAAAUUAAAGGGUCAAAAUAUCAUACAUUAGGAGAAUUUUGUCAAACUGGUUAUUAUGAUUCAAUAAUUGUGGGAUCAUUAUUUUGGAAUCAAAAUUUAACAGAAUUUCAUUUUGACUGUGAAGAUUUUGAAUCUAUUAAUCAAGAUAAAAUUAUUCAAAACUCAUCAGAAGAUCCAGAUAGUGAAAAAACAAGUGAGUUUAAAAAAUAUGACUUUUCAAAGAUCCCAAAAGUUUCAAAAGAAAAUAACACUCCAACCAAAGCUUCUGCAAAGAUCAAUAUCGAAAAGAAUACAAUUUUAACAAAUAAAUGUGUAGAUCUAAGAAAUGAUAUUGAAAUAUGUCAAAAUUUAGGUGUCAAGAUAUUGGUUUCAAUUGGUGGUAGACAUGGUACUAUUUCAAACACAACAAUUCCUUCUGCAGAGUUUGCUCAAAAACUAGCCGUUAAAAUUUGGGAUAUGUUUUUAUUUGGUGAUAAUGGAAGAAAAAUCUACAAGGAACAACAAUUAUUAAUUUUAAAAAAGGAAGAGGAAAAAAUAAAAAGGCAACUAGAAGCUGAAGAAAAAGGUGACUUCUCAAGCUCUUCAAGUGAUUCAAAUAUUGAUAUUGAUGACUUUGACUACUUUGAAGAUGAAAGUCUAAGCAAAGAUGAAAGUGACUCAAGUAAUAGCGAAGAUGACUAUCUUAUCGACGAAGAUGAAUUCUCAGACUCUUAUUAUGACGAAUACUCUGACGAUGAUGGAACUAUACCACCUGUUUAUGACGAUGAGGACCAAAGCUAUGUCGAUGAAGAAGCCUACAGUGACAGUGACUACUAUGCAUCGGAUCAAUAUGACUCAUCUGGUAACAAGCUAACUAGAAAGCCAAGAGUUUUUUCUUCUAAAAAGAAAACAAUUAAAAAGAAAGCCCCAGUUUUUACUCCACGUCCAUUCGGUUAUGAUAUAUUUUUAAAUGGGGUUGACCUUUCACCAUUGGUGGGUAGAUCCGAUAAUUAUCUCCAUUUGGCGCUUGCUUUGGAUAGCUAUAGAAUUCCUAGAAGAGAUAUCUUUUUGAUUUCUGCAACUUUAGAUUGUUCAGUAUUGCACAGCAAAAAAGAAAAUGUUAAAGUUGAAAAUUCAAUUUUAAAAUUCAACUUUGACUUUUUAAACUUGGACUUUGUUCAUAAUAAGCAAUGUGAUUAUUGGUCCAAAAUCAGCGAUCAAACAAUUAUUGAUUGGUCAACAUACACUGUUAAGAACAAAUACAACCAAACUAAAAUUAUUUUGCAAGUAUCCUCAAAUACAAAGGAUUCAGCUUAUUUUUCACCAAAAUUCUUUUUAAUGGAAUAUACUCAAUACUGUUAUGAUUUACCAAAUAUGGCCGGUGCCUUUAUUACCGAUGUACUAUCUGCUUCUAAAAUUAUAAAUUCAACAACCAAAAUAGACUUUACAAAUGAAUUAACAACAGAUUUAAGAAACUUUGAACCAUCCACAAGAAGAUUUAUUGGUACACGUCCUCCUUCUACAUAUGCAAACUCCACAGUAACACGUCCAUUAAAAACUAAAGAACCAGUUUUAAAAGUACCAGUAACACACUCACCAAUAAAAUUAAAUUCAACUAAAACUACAACCAAUAAAAAUAUUACAACAACAAAAUCAACAACUAAAAAACCAAUUGAUAUUGAUAAUGUUAUAAUUUCUGAUAGUAGUACUACAAGUGGUAUCAAUCCUAUAAUACUAGAUAGUGACGAUUCAAAUGUUAUUGUUUUUGAUGAUAGCGACAGUAGUAGUGGUAAACCUGCAACAACUAAAAAACCAUCAACAACAAUAAAAAAACCAAUCAUUACAAAAUCAACUCAUAAACCUAUUAAAUCCGACUCUAGCUUUGAUACUAAUACUAUUAUUCUUGAUAGUGGGUCAUCCAACUCUAAAAACAACAAUAAUAAUGAUGAUGUUAUAAUUUUCGAUGAUAGUGGAAACUCAAAGGAUACAAAUAAACCAACUAAUAAGCCAACUAGUAAACCAACUAAUAAACCAUUAACAACUAAAACACCAACUAAAAAACCAGCUAGUACCAAAGCUCCACCGCCAACAGCUACACCAAAACUGAGACCAACCCAUAAACCAAUAAGCUCAAACCCUAUUGAUGAUGUUAAUGUUUUGAGUGAACAAAAAGAAACAAUAAAGCCAACUAUCAAACCAACUAGUAAACCAACUAGUGCACCAACAAAUAAACCACUACCUACCAAAGCACCAACUAAAAAACCAGCCAGUACCAAAGCUCCACCCCCAACAGCCACUCCAAAACUGAGACCAACUCAUAAACCAAUCAAUUCGGAUCCCUCAAAUGAAAUUAGUCUUCAACCAACUGAGAUCUUAAAUGAACAAACCAAUGUACCAAUUCCAUCAGAAAAACCAACUACAAAACCAACAACCAUUACAUCUAAGGAACCAACAGAAACCCAUAAACCAACUAUCAUUGAAGCCCAAAUAACUAGUGCCAAUAGCAUUGAGACUACUAAUCUCGUGGAUCCAAACCUUAUAAAUGAUCACUCUAAUAAAAAAACAAUCGAUCCAAUAUUCAUUGAAACUCAACAAAAUAGCAAUAAUGAAAAUAUGGAUUUAAGAGCAACACACCAAACAAUAUCAAAUAAUAUACCAGAUGAAACUAAUCAACAAGACCAACAAGAGCAACAAGAACAACCUGAUAAAGAUAUUAACAUUCAACCAAAAGAAAAUGAUCCAAUAUUUAUUGAACAACAAAAUCAACAAGACCAAAAUAAAGAACCAUUAGCUGAUGAAGCUGUUAGUAGAAGAGCAGGUAGACACAAACCAAUUAGUGCAAAAGAAUUUGAUAAAAACUUUUUUAGUUAA